UAGCUUCCCAAAAAGCCGAACGUUUAUUGAUCUCGACAAUACAGACUCUAUACCCUGACGACCAGAGCAGCGCCUUGCAUGCUCGAACGACUUAACUUCCGAUAUCCGCAAAUCCGCAUCGCCUGAAGUUCUCCGUAGAACCGAAUCACACAAAAACCCACGCCCUCUCACGAAACAGAUCGAUAAAACCAAUCAGCUAUGGCCGGACCCCAGAACACCACCACAUCCACAGCCGUCCCGCGCGGCGCGCCCACAUCACGACGCAGACCCGUCAAGACCGGUGACGAAGAGGCCGGAUUAAGAUUAAGGCUGGGCGAGUUUACCAACGUGCAGGCGCUGUCCGUGGCCGAGGUGAACUUGAUGCUGUCGCAGCUGGAGGCGCGCGGCGAGAACAACCAGUUCCGGAACACGGACAUCUACCUCAAGACGCGCGAGUACUGCAAGACGUUUGCGCGCUUCAAGGACGCCAGCAUCGUCACCCAGGUCAAUCAGAUCAGUACCGAAUUGACGCAACGGGCGUUGGGAAUCACGGAGUUUGAGCGGGCACAAUUGGCUAGUCUAUGUUGCGACUCCGCCGACGAAGCGCGCACGUUGAUCCCGUCACUCGAAGGCAAGAUCUCCGAUGAUCAGCUGCAAGCGGUCCUGGAUGACAUGUCGAAGUUGCGCGACUUCUCAUAGUAUCCCAGGCAAGCUUGGAACUCGUCGGACGAAUCUGUUUCAAAUUUCCGAGAGGGCCGAGUCCCGAAGGUUCAAGAGAAAAGUUUUUUUUUCAUUCUCCACAUUGUUUCAGUAUUUUUUUUGUCGGUUUAGCACGGCGUUGGUCGGGGGGAACGAAAAACCGAAACAGCCAUAUGAAUAGACCUGGUGCUGGGUAGAUGACGAGCCCGCACAUUUACCAAGCCUUUAUUGGAUGCAGUGGGGUCGCAAGCACGCAAACUCUUGAUGCACGGAAUAUCAAAACGGACAAAGAGUCUUGCGCGACUUUCACGUACGAAAAGCAAUAGGUAGAAAACUCCUUUUCAGAAGGCUGUGAGAAAACGGUUAUGAACAAAUAUCAUGAAUUGUACAG